UGCUGCUCAGCACACAGAAACAUGCCUUGACCCAAUGUGCACUUCCACGUUACAGGAAUGGUUGGAAUUUUGCGGACUGUAGACGUUCUGGAUCGUUUGGAAUAAUUUUCCGAAUAAGAUGCGCGUGAGCCAUGGAAUUACCAGUGAUAUGGAUGUGCUUUGGAUUACUUAUUCAUCUCCCACCGUUUGGAUGCGUGGAUUUGCAUCUAUCAGGGUCCCUCCAGCCUGGUGCAACACUGGCAAAUGUAUCAAUCGGACCAGAAUGGACGUACAGAAUCGACAGAAGUCUAACAGAUAAGUCUUUACGACACUUCGUGAAGAUCGGGAGAAGUGAUGGGCUGCUAUCUGUCGCGCGCAAAGUUGGCUGCACUCGUUUACCGAGAAAUCCCGUGCCACUGUAUUUGCGGAUUAAAUCACUGCUUUCAGAAAACUUCAUACUGCUUCAUUUCAAUACAUUCGUGCAUGGUCAGAACUGCUUCAUCAAAUACAAAAGAAAAAAUCUUAAUCCAGAUGCCUACAUGUAUCUGUUGACUGGGUAUGAGACAUGUUUUUCUUUGGACUCCUUACCUAUAAACAUUUACGAACAUUUGCCUGUAUCCAUGCGGAAUUCCCAAAUGUUUCGCGGUCGGUGCGUAGAGAAAGACCAGCGGCGUGUUAUUUCCCUCACAGGCGCGAACCUCUGUUUACCUCAUAAGCAGCGAGAUGAGGCAAAUUUGCUUUGUUUAAUGCCUAACUCACUAAAUAGCUCUUUAUUUGUAAAUGUUAAGUUACACUUAAGCAGAGAACACACUGGCAGUGAAUUAGACCCGUGGGCUAAACGUCAAAAAAGAAACGUGAACUCCGCUCCUCAGUUUCAGCUCCCAAACUACCAUGUAUCGGUGCCAGAGAACGAGCCCUCAGGAACGCGAGUCAUUACCCUCAAAGCGUUCGACGCCGAUGACGGAGACGCCGGUGUUAUCGAAUACGAUAUGGAAGCUCUUUUUGACAGCCGCUCUAACAAUUUAUUUCAAAUUAACCCUGAGACGGGAGGUAUAACUACUCUACAGCCUCUAGACAGGGAAGUUAAAGACACUCAUGUGUUUAAAGUUACUGCCACUGAUAGAGGAACCCCGAAAAGAUCAGCUAUCGCGUACCUCACUAUUACAGUCAGUGAUACUAACGACCACGCGCCGGUUUUCGAACAGAAUGAGUAUAGGGUUAGUAUUCGAGAAAAUGUUGAAGUAGGCUUUGAGGUGAUGACUAUUAGGGCUACAGAUGGAGAUGCGCCCUCUAAUGCCAAUAUGAUUUAUAAGAUUGUGAAUGAUGAUGAGGUGAAGGCUUACUUUGAAAUUGAUCCAAGAAAUGGGUUGGUCAAAGCCAGAGUCAGACCAGACAGAGAAGUCAAAACACAGUAUAGGCUUUUUGUUGAAGCUAACGACCAGGGCAGAGAGCCCGGGCCACGAACCGCCACAGCCACGGUGCACAUUUUUAUAGAGGAUGAGAAUGAUAACUACCCUCAGUUUAGCGAGAAGCGAUAUGUAGUUCAAGUUCCUGAAAACAUAGCUGUGAACUCUCAAGUGGCUGUGGUGAAGGCUACGGAUAAAGAUGCUGGAAAUAAUGCGAAAGUGCAUUACAGCAUCAUCAAUGGGAAUAUAAAGGGACAGUUUUACAUACACUCCCCUACGGGAGUCAUUGAUGUUAUCAGCCCUUUAGAUUAUGAGAUGAUAAGAGAGUACACACUCAGAGUGAAAGCUCAAGAUGGAGGACGGCCGCCUCUUAUUAAUGGCACAGGUAUGGUUGCAAUCCAAGUGUUAGAUGUCAACGAUAAUGCACCCAUGUUUGUCAGCACGCCUUUUCAAGCCUCGGUUUUAGAAAAUGUUCCUGUAGGUUACUCUGUGUUACACAUCCAAGCUAUCGAUGCUGAUUCAGGUGACAAUGCUCAUUUGGAAUACAAGCUGACCGAUACAUCACCUAGUUUUCCAUUCAUUAUCAAUAACAACACUGGAUGGAUUAUGGUUAGUGCUGAGCUGGACAGGGAGACUACAGAGUUUUACAAUUUUGGUGUUGAGGCCAGAGACCACGGGGUUCCUACAAUGUCAUCUUCAGCUAGUGUAAGUGUCACUAUACUAGAUGUAAAUGACAAUGUCCCAACCUUCACACAGCACUUGUAUAACCUAAAAGUCAACGAGGAUGCAGUUGUGGGCACCAGUGUGCUUAUAGUCACUGCUGUAGACAGGGAUGUAAACAGCGUGGUCACAUACCAAAUAUCUAGUGGGAACACUCGGAACAGGUUUGCUAUUACCAGCCAGAGCGGAGGGGGACUUAUUACUUUAGCGCUACCUCUGGACUACAAGCAAGAACGGCAGUAUCUUUUAACAAUCACUGCCUCAGAUGGUACGCGCCACGACACAGCUCAAGUCUUCAUUAAUGUGACUGAUGCCAACACCCAUCGACCAGUAUUUCAAAGUGCCAACUACCAGGUUUUAGUGAGCGAGGAUCGACCUGUAGGCUCCACCGUCGUGGUCAUCAGUGCCACUGAUGAAGACACUGGUGAAAACGCCCGCAUCACUUAUGUAAUGGGGGACAAUGUGCCACAGUUCAAAAUUGAUCCUGACACUGGUGCCAUCACGACUCAAAUUGAGAUCGACUAUGAAGAUCAGGCCUCCUACACGCUAGCCAUCAUUGCCCGAGACAACGGAAUCCCCCAGAAAUCAGACACAACCUAUGUAGAGAUCAUUGUUCUUGAUGCCAACGACAAUGCACCCCAGUUCCUCCGGGACAUCUACCAGGGAACAGUAUUUGAGGAUGCACCAGUAUACACAAGUGUACUCCAGGUAUCCGCUUCAGACAGAGACUCUGGAUCUAACGGUCGACUCAGCUACACCUUUCAGGGAGGAGAUGAUGGUGAGGGGGACUUUUUUAUUGAGCCUUAUUCUGGGAUCAUCAGAACGGCCCGCAAGCUAGACAGGGAAAAUGUUGCAUUGUAUAGCCUCAAGGCGUUUGCGGUGGACAAAGGAGUGCCCCCUCUCAAAGCAGCUGUGGACAUUCAUGUGUCCGUGCUGGACAUAAAUGACAAUGCCCCUGUGUUUGAGAAGGACGAAUUGUACUUUUACGUGGAGGAAAACAGUGCAGUAGGAUCCACUCUUGCCCGCGUAAGUGCCACAGACCCAGAUGAAGGUACCAAUGCCCAGAUCCUCUACCAGAUUGUAGAGGGCAAUAUUCCUGAAGUCUUCCAGCUCGACAUCUUUAGCGGAGAUCUAAUCGCCCUUACUGACCUAGACUUUGAGACCAAGAUGGAGUAUAUAAUAGUGGUCCAGGCCACUUCAGCCCCACUUGUCAGCCGGGCCACUGUACAUGUCCUCCUAGUAGAUGUCAAUGACAACGUCCCAGUUCUACAGGAUUUUGAGAUCAUUUUCAACAACUACAUCACCAAUAAGUCCAGCAGCUUUCCCACAGGAGUUAUUGGGAAGGUGCCUGCUCGUGAUCCAGAUGUGUCCGACAAGCUCCUCUACACAUUUGUUGAGGGAAAUGAGCUCAACCUGCUGAUUCUCAAUCAACACACUGGGGAGCUAAAGCUGAGCAAGGACUUGGAUAACAACAGGCCGCUUGAGGCUACAAUGAGGGUGACGGUUUCAGAUGGACUCCACCAGGUCUCGGCCCUCUGCACCCUACGGGUGACCACCAUAACGGACGACAUGUUGACGAACAGCAUCACCGUUCGUCUGGAGAACAUGUCUCAAGAGCGUUUCCUCUCCCCUCUGCUGUCUCUCUUUACUGAAGGCGUAGCCGCAGUCUUGUCCACCAGUCCUGACGGUGUCUUCGUCUUCAAUGUCCAAAAUGACACAGACGUUAGCGGCAGCAUUGUCAACGUCACUUUCUCGGCCCUGCUCCCGGGUGGAGCUCCGGGACGUUAUUUCCCGUCAGAGGAGCUGCAGGAGCAGCUGUAUCUGAACCGUACGUUGUUGACGUUGAUCUCGACUCAGCGCGUCCUGCCGUUUGAUGAUAAUAUCUGUUUGCGGGAGCCCUGUGAGAACUACAUGAAGUGCGUAGCUGUUCUGAAGUUUGACAGUACGGCUCCCUUCGUGGCGUCCAACACAGUUCUCUUCAGGCCCAUACACCCCAUGAACGGGUUACGCUGUCGAUGUCCUGACGGUUUCACUGGAGACUACUGUGAGACAGAGGUGGACCUUUGUUACUCAGGCCCAUGUCAGAACAACGGGAAGUGCCGCAGUCGAGAGGGGGGAUACACCUGUGAGUGCCCGCAAGAUUUUACAGGAGAGCGCUGUGAGGUGAAUGCACGUUCAGGCCGGUGUGUUCCUGGUGUGUGUAAGAACGGUGGCAGGUGUGUGGACCUGCUGGUGGGAGGUUUCCUGUGCCAGUGUCCUGACGGCGAGUAUGAGAAGCCCUACUGCGAGAUGACCACACGCAGCUUCCCUGGCCAGUCCUUCAUCACCUUCAGAGGCCUGAGGCAGAGAUUUCACUUCACCCUCUCCUUUACGUUUGCUACCAGGGAGAGAAACGCCCUGCUCCUAUAUAAUGGCAGGUUUAAUGAAAGGCAUGAUUUCAUUGCGAUUGAAAUUAUUGAAGAGCAAAUCCAGCUGACCUUCUCUGCUGGAGAAACUAAAACCACAGUGACUCCAUUUGUAGCUGGUGGGGUUAGUGAUGGAAAAUGGCACAGAGUACAUCUACAUUACUACAACAAGCCCAAUAUAGGGCGUCUUGGCAUCCCUCACGGCCCCUCUGAGGAAAAGGUUGCUGUGGUUGCCGUCGAUGAGUGUGAUGUGGCCAUGGCUCUGCGUUUCGGGGGACAGAUUGGGAAUUACAGCUGUGCAGCCCGUGGCACCCAAACAGGCCAAAAGAAGUCAUUGGAUCUAACAGGACCUCUGCUCCUGGGUGGCGUCCCAAACCUCCCUGAGGAUUUCACUGUACAGAACCGAGACUUUGUUGGCUGCAUUAGGAACCUGACAAUUGAUAGCAAGCCCAUAGACAUGGCCAGUUUUAUUGCCAACAAUGGCACCUUAGCAGGUUGUGCAGCAAAACAUGACUUUUGUAGCCAGGUUGUUUGUCAGAAUGGAGGUGUAUGUGUGAAUAGAUGGAACACCCACACCUGUAACUGCCCAUUAGGCUAUGGAGGAAAGAACUGUGAACAUGUUAUGCCUGCUUCCCUGCAUUUCGAUGGCCACGCAUUGGUGUCAUGGACCGAGACCGACAUCACCAUCGCUAUUCCCUGGUACAUGGGUCUUAUGUUUCGCACCCGAAAAAGCACAGGCGUUUUACUGCAGGCCAGUGCUGGAGAUUUUUCCAAGAUUAGUCUUAUGGUGAACAACAGACACCUUCGGUUCCAGGUGUUUCUGGGAGUCCGACGAGUGGCGCUCUUAGAUUUUCCCCAGGUAUGCGUGGAUAACGGUGAAUGGCACCAUGUGCUCGUAGAGCUCAAAAGUGGAAAAGAUGGCAAAGACAUCAAAUAUAUGGCUCUCGUGUCUUUGGACUAUGGCAUGUUUCAGAGGACAGUGGAGAUCGGUAACGAGCUGCCUGGGCUUAAACUGAGGAACUUGUUUAUCGGUGGACUGCUUAAGAAAGACAACACUGUGCAGGCUGGAUUUACUGGCUGCAUGCAGGGUAUGCGAAUGGGCGAGACCUCCACCAACACUGCAAACAUCAACAUACGGCAUGCGACGCGAAUCCACGCAAAAGACGGAUGUAACAUACCCGAUGCGUGUCAGUCCAACCUGUGUCCAUCUCACAGCCGCUGCGCAGACAACUGGGCAUCCCACACAUGUGUCUGCGAGCCAGGUUAUUUCGGCAGGGACUGUAUGGAUGCAUGUCUCUUGAACCCUUGUGAACACACUUCCUCCUGUGUUCGUAAACCCAGCACCAAACGUGGCUACAGCUGUGAGUGUGGACACAAUUACUAUGGCCAAUACUGUGAGCACAAAGGGGACCAACCUUGUGCUCGCGGCUGGUGGGGAUACCCGACCUGUGGGCCCUGUAACUGCGAUGUCAGCAAAGGCUUCAAAAGGGACUGUAAUAAAACCACCGGAGAGUGUAGCUGCAAGGACAAUUACUUUCGGCCUCUUGGUGCAGACACUUGCUACCCGUGUGAUUGUUUUCACCUUGGAGCGCAUUCCCGGACAUGUGACCCUGUAACGGGCCAGUGCCCCUGUAAGAUGGGUGUGGUGGGUCGUCAGUGCAACCGUUGUGACAACCCCUUCGCAGAGGUGACAGCCGGGGGAUGUGUGGUGGUUUAUGAUGGUUGUCCCAAAGCCUUUGAAGAUGGUAUCUGGUGGCCCCGCACCAUGUUUGGUGGCCCUGCAGCCACAAACUGCCCCAAAGGAUCCAGUGGCACAGCUAUCCGUCAUUGCAGCGAUGAUAAAGGUUGGUUUCCACCUGAGCUCUUCAACUGCACUUCCCUCAGCUUUUCAAAGCUAAAGAAAGAGAGUGAGGAUCUUCAUGCUAAUGCUUCUCGAAUGGAUGGAGAAAGAUCAAAAAGCCUUGCGGGCCUGCUGCACUCUGCCACUGACCACACGGAUCGCCUCUUUGGGAAUGACGUGAGGACUGCCUACUAUCUGCUGGCCAGUGUGUUAGAGCAUGAGAGUCUGCAGCAGGGCUUUGAGCUCACCGCCACUCAUGAUGCCGACUUCAACAAGAACAUCAUUAAAGCUGGAAGUGCCAUCCUUGACCCUGUCAACAAGGAGCACUGGGAGAAGAUUCAGCGCUCUGAUGGGGGGACGGCGCAUCUGCUGCACCACUUUGAGGAGUACGCCAACACUCUGGUACAGAACAUGAGGAAGACCUACUUGAGACCCUUCACCAUCGUCACUGACAACAUGAUUGUGGCACUAGAUUUUCUGGACUCCACUGCAAACCAAGACAAGAUUCCUCGAUUUCAGGAAGAUAAUGAGGUGUACUCAAAAGAGCUGGAGUCAUCUGUCCUGUUCCCAAACCUGCCGAAAAAGAGUAAAGAUGCUUUUACCACAGAGCCUCCAGCCCAGAUUGAACCAACUGAGUCUUUCAUCAGUGUGGACGGAUCAGAUACUGUUGAUUUAACACCAUCCACUAAGAAAAGACGCCAUGCAGAACAGCCCGAUCCACCUGCUGUUGUGAUGGUGAUGAUCUACAGGUCUCUGGGUGGACUCCUUCCAGAGAGUUAUGAUCCGGACCGUCGCAGUCUUAGACUACCCACUCGUCCUGUCAUCAACACUCCUGUAGUGAGCGUGGUGGUCCACAGGGACGGAGAGCCUCUCCCCACCCCACUCCAGAGACCCAUCACCCUGAACUUCAGGCUCCUGGAGACCCACGAGAGGACCAAACCUGUGUGCGUCUACUGGAACCACUCCAUCCCCGGUCUGGCUGUGGGUUUGGAUCCUCAGGGUUAUGGAAACCCUGACUUCUGUUGGCUCUCUGUUUAUGACACUCUUAUCUGGAGCAUCACAGGACCAAUCUCCAUAGUAGUGCUGAUAAAUACAGUCCUAAUUGUGCUGGCAGCCAAAGCCUCGUGUGGACGGCGCCAGCGAACGGAAAAGUCAGGAGCAAUCUCUGCUCUUCGAGUGGCCUUCCUCCUCCUGUUGCUCAUCAGCGCCACCUGGCUGCUGGGUCUAAUGGCAGUCAACAGUGAUGUGUUGUCCUUCCACUACCUCUUUGCCAUCCUCAGCUGCUUGCAGGGCAUUUGCAUCUUCUUUUUCCACUGUAUUCUCAACAAAGACGUGAGGAGGAACCUUAAAAGUACCUUUACAGGGAAGAAAGUACCAGCUGAAGAUCCCAGUACAACACGGGCUACCUUACUCACACGUACUCUGAAUGGUGACGUCUACACGGAGGAUGGAGGUCUGUACCGGACCACCAUUGGAGAGUCCACUGUUUCUCUAGAGACCUCUGUUAGAUCAGGCAAGAGUCACGGCAGCAGCUACCUUGUUUCCACACUCAGGGAGAAGAAGCGCAGCAUAUCGUCUAAUGGUGGAAAUGUGGGGCAUGACGAAGGAGACUCGUCGCUCUUCUUCCACAAGAGUAAAAAGGCAGAAGACUCGGAUUCGGACAGUGAGCUCUCAGUGGAUGAACACAGCAGCUCCUACGCUUCCUCCCACUCCUCGGACAGCGAGGACGAGGCCAGGCACUCCAGGACCAAAUGGAAUAACGAGAGAACGCCCAUCCAUAGCACUCCGAAAGUUGAUGCUGUGUCCGGUCAAGGGAAGCCAUACUGGCCGCAGGAGCCGCCCACAGCCUGUGAAAGUGAGGAGCCGGGUGGUCCAGAGAAACUGCGGGUGGAAACAAAAGUGAAUGUGGAGCUUCAUCAAGGGAAUAAAUUAAAUCACAAUGGAGAUGUGUCGCAAAGUGAGAGUUCACCCAGUCAGCCAAACAGCAACCAGUUACCCAGAAGAGGCAUUUUAAAGAACAAGAUCACAUAUCCACCCCCACUGACGGACAAGAACAUGAAGAACCGCUUGAGGGAGAAGCUCAGUGACUACAACCCACCCCAGAUCCCCCGAAAGACUCCAUCGGUGGGGUCAAACGAGGGGGUUCGCUCAGGAACCGAGGCCAACAGCAUCAUCAUCAAACCACCUCCAUUACCACCUCAGUCUGCACUGAACGGGAUGACCGUAGAGCUGGGCACGAGCCCCGUCACCCUGGCGGACAAAGACUUUGAUUCGGAUGGCAGCAAUGAAACAUCAAUCUGAGUCUUCAACUUGAAGGAUGCUGAAUGAACUGGAGCGGGUUUGAAUCAGUUUCUGUGUCCCCACUAUUAUUAAAGCACAACAUUGUCCUGCUCUGAAAUUGUUUUUAGUAUUUAUAAAGGUUCAUUUAAUACAAAAGGAAGCCGGGCGCUAGCUAUCCCAGCAUUCCAAAGUGCUACAUUGUCCAAGUUGAGCAGAAAAGUUUUCUGACAUCGAAAAGGAUAAAGUUGAUCUGGAGUUACAGCAAAAGACUUUGAUAUUAUUUAGCAUU